UUGCUUUUUAAGAAGGAUGUUUACUAAUGCGAAUAUUUUCUCUUGCACUAAAAUCCAUUAUAAGCGAAUACAGCGAAUGGUUACCUUCACUAUAUCACUGUUUGAAUGAAAAGGAGCUUACAUCUACCAUGAAUUAUUUAGAGGGUAAAAUCGAUUUUCAUGGACAAAUUCUUUGUUCAAAGUACAUGAAUUAUGCGACCGUAAUAUCUGGUGUUGCAGCAUACAUAGCAGGAUGGUUGGCUCAAGAUUCGUUCUUGAGCAUUAAGGUGUUUGUCGUUUUGAGCAUUAUUACUGGAAUUAUUUGCAUUCCCGCAUGGCCCAUGUACAAUCAAAAGCCUCUGCAAUUUCAAAAGACUAAAAACUAAAUUUGCUACCUUGAUACAGAGCGAAAAAAUUUCAACAAAUGUUGGUGUGCAUAAAACUACAAUCAUGACUUUCAUUUCAUUUGGCUCAAUUGCAGGAAUUCUUUAUGGCUCCAUCAUUUCUUUUUCAUUUCUAUAAUCAUCCUUCUUUUUUUUUUUUUUUUCCGUUCGAAAGGGGAAAUCGCUUUGUUGUCCCACACUCAUUGCAUACCCAUAAACUACGAUCGCAUUCAGGUUUCCUUUUAGAUGGCUCUUCCGUCCGCACCGAACAUGUUUUGCCGAUCACCAUAAGACAAUUGCAUUUCUUGCAAAUUGUUCUCUUAAUAUUAGGGUGCAACCGUAAAACAGAUUUCUGAGAUACCUGCUUUGCUGUGGAGAUGUAAUGCUUAGAAAAUUUCGCUUCUUCAGUAUGCUGAAGUAAAUAAUGUGCUGCUUGAUACAAGUACGAAAUCCGACAAUGUUGGUCUUGCUGUUUUCCACUCAUUAUUUUCUUCUGAAUGAGUUCCACCUCCUACUACUAUUUACAACCUUUUAUCCAGUGUCACUGCAAAUGAGCAGGGCAUCCACCGUAAAUGGUUUACCUCGAUUGCAGCGAAGAUUGUUUGUUUAAGAGAAAUAAUAAUAAUAAUAAUGGUAGAACAGAAUUUCGCUUAUGAUACGGCGACGCUCAUAGAUUUUGUUCUUAAUAAACCAAUAUUUUCGUAUAAGGAAAAA